CGUCGAUACACGAUAUACCGAAUCGUCGAGAUAUCGAAGUUCGGGUUGCAAACCGCUGCUGCAACCGGCGACGAGUAACGAUCGCUUGCGGGAUUCGGUUGACGAGCGACGGACGUACACGUGCAGCCAGCGAGAUGAGAUCACUCGCCAUCGCGCUGCUGGCCGUGGUCAGUACGUGCUACGCCGCACGGCUGGACAACAGUUACAUCCCGCCCGGAAACGCUUACACGCCACCGCACAAAGUUGGGCUGGGUGGAGGCGGUGGUGGAUUCCGAGGAACUGGUCAAGGCAACAUUUUUGGUUCAGGCGGCACUUACCAAUCACAUGGGGGUGGUGGCGGACAUGGUCAGGAUAUACCUAUCGUUUCUUAUAGCAGCGAUAACAUCGGUGACGGCAACUAUCAAUUCAGCUACGAAACCGGAAACGGCAUCAGCGUGCAAGAAGCAGGCCACCAGCAAGGAAAAACCGAGUCCGUGAGCGGGUCCUUCUCGUAUACCGGGCCUGACGGCGCACAGUACUCCAUUAGCUAUACGGCGGACGAGAACGGCUUCCACCCUCAAGGUGCUCACUUGCCGACACCACCGCCGAUUCCACCGGAGAUCCAACGUGGCGUGGAGCUGGCGCUCGCCGCUGAGGCCAGAGGAGAAAACCAAGACGGUGCAUACCGAGGAGAUGAUCACAUAGGUGGUCAUGGUGGCGGUGGUGGUGGUGGCGGCGGCGGCGGCCUAUAUCAGGGACCGAACUCGUAUCACACGGGGGGCGCAGGAGGAUAUCGUUACUAAACAGCGAAUUCACCACCAAGAGUCACUGGCACGUACCGUAUUAUACACAGGCACACGUGUAUCCCGCAUUUUUCCUGCCAACUUCUGUACAUAAUGAUAUAUAUACAUGCAAUCUUCUUAUUUAUACGAAGUACGAGUAUUUUAUUUAUAGAAUGUCCGCUCGCUGAUUCUUCUUUUCUUGGAGCUCGCGCGCUUAUCUCGCGUAUUGUAUUUUAUUCUUUGAUACGCUUUAUAUAUGUAUAGGGAUUAUAUAUAUAUAUAUCAGUU